AUGCCAGCCGGGAAUAACGGCUCUGUUAUGAAAGAAAGCGGCAGACAGACUAAUUUGACCGAUCGUAAGACAUUAUUGCCUUCGCGCUACUGGAGUAUAGUUCCAGCAUUUCCGGCGAGUGCGCGAGCCCCCCUUUCCCCCUUGCACAAUAUUCGCGAAGUUGCUCCCGAAUCAAAGUGUGAAUGUCCCUUAGAAGUGCCGCACGCUCGUUUUGAUCGGGAGCGGGGUGGGCAACUUCCGCCGGUGCUGGCGCCUGCGGCAGCGCCUCGUGAGUUGCAGUAUGUUGUGGAUCUGCCGCCUGCGGCAGCGCCUCGUUAUCCACGUUAA